AAUGGUGUCUUCUCUCUCUCCGUGUAGUUGGUGAUAUCUGCUGAAGAUGAGUAGUACGGGGGAGAACACCCCUGACCCUGCUGUCAGGGGAGAGUCCCUGAAGCGGAAAGAAUGUGGCCCGGACCUCCUGGGGCCCAGGUAAGAUCAGCUGUCAAACACACACACAACCUUAGGAUGCAUCCCAAAUGGCACCCUAUUCCCUAUAUAGUGCACUACUUUUGAACAGGCCUUUAUGGGCCCUAUAUAGGGAUUAUGGUGCCAUUUGGGACACUGCCUUAUAGUUACAGAUCUCACUCCAAUGCGCUUGCGCCCACACACACCUCAACACACACACACCUCACCACACACACACACACACACACCUCAACACACACACAUCUCAACACACACACACACACCUCAACACACAGACACCUCAACACACACACACACACACACACACACCUCAACACACACACACACACACACACCUCAAAACACACACACACACACACACACACCACAACACACACACACACACACCCUCACCACACACACACACACACACCUCACACACACACACACCUCCACACACACACACACACACCACACCCACACACCACACACACACACACACACCCAACACACACACACCACCAACACACCCAACACACACACACACACACACACCAACCCCCCACACACACACCCAACACACACACACACACCACACAACACACACACACACACACACCCACACACACAACCGCACACACACACACACACCAAACCACACACCCCACACACACAACCAACACACCCACACACACCCACAACACACACCUCACCCACACACACCACACACCCCAACACACACACACCUCACCACCACCCACCACCCCCCUCAACACACACACACACACCUCAACACACACACACCUCAACACACACACACACACACACACCUCAACACAACCUUAGUUACAGAUCAGAUAGUCUACAUUUAUUUUCUUUGCACAGGAAAAUGUGCACAUUUCAUGCAAUUCUACUACACUUUAUAUGACUGGAGACGGUAGCAGACUUUUCUAAUACGACAAAAAUUACAGGGUAGCCUACUCUGCUGACACUGACAAACAGAUAAAUAAAAAGACGUUGCCUGAUCAUAUAUUAGGCCUACGAAAGUGACGACACAUACAGUAUGACGUCCAUCUAACCUGGAGGAGGAAACUAUUUUCCAAAAACGAACGAAGGUGGCACUGGCCCAAUGAUAGACAGUGAAUAUGCACACUCACCGGGGAUAUUGCCGAUGUUCUCCGCUGGUGCCAAUAAGAUGGCUACUUUUCGCGCAAUUAAGUUGAGAAUUUUGAUAACUAAAAGACAGAUUAGAGUCUUUACAUUGUCUUCUCUUUACAGCAAUAGCCAUUUGUUUUCCAAACUAUUUUUCCUCGAUUUGUAUUUUAAAUAUUGCGAUAUGCCAAGCUGGGUCUCUCUGCUUUUCACUGACAGUCGCAACUCAGCAAUCAUCUAUUUGGUAUUUGCCACGCGAUCUGCCCAAAUUGUUGGCCCUUCCAACCGUAGACAAUGCGAUAAAAAAAUAUAAAAAAAUAAGCUAAUGAUCCUCUGUGGCCAAAUCCUGUGCUUUCUGGUGUAGUAACCUAUUUUGAAUGAUUUGAUUUGUUUCUGUAUAGACCAGCGUAAGCUAAUUAGGCUAUAUAAAUUUGGUAAUUCAAUUUACUUUAGGGAAAGCUUCCCCUAGCCGUAUGGACGUGCUGCCUAUGUAUUCUAACAUUUUUAUUUAUUUUAUUUUACCUUUAUUUAACCAGGUAAGCCAGUUGAGAACAAGUUCUCAUUUACAACUGAGAACUGGCCAAGAUAAAGCAAAGCAGUGCGAUUAAAAAAACAACAACACAGAGUUACAUAUGGGGUAAACAAAACAUAAAGUCAAAAAUACAACAGAAAAUAUAUAUACAGUGUGUGCAAAUGUAGUAAGUUAUGGAGGUAAGGCAAUAAAUAAAUAGGCCAUAGUGCAAAAAUGGUUACAAUUUCGUAAUUAACACUGGAAUGAUAGAUGUGCAAAAGAUGAUGUGCAAAUAGAGAUACUGGGGUGCAAAAUAAAUAACAAUAUGGGGAUGAGGUAGUUGGGUGGGCUAAUUUCAGAAUGGCUGUGUACAGGUGCAGUGAUCGGUAAGCUGCUCUGACAACUAACGCUUAAUGUUAGUGAGGGAGAUAAGUCUCCAGCUUCAGAGAUUUUUGCAGUUCGUUCCAGUUAUUGGCAGCAGAGAACUCAAAGGAAUGGCAGCCAAAGGAGGUGCUGGCUUUGGGGAUGACCAGUGAGAUAUACCUGCUGGAGCGCAGACUAUGGGUGGGUGUUGCUAUGGUGACCAGUGAGCUAAGAUAAGACGGGGAUUUGCCUAGCAGUGAUUUAUAGAUGGCCUGGAGCCAGUGGGUUUGGCGACGAAUAUGUAGUGAGGGCCAGCCAACAAGAGCGUACAGGUCACAAUGGUGGGUAGUAUAUGGGGCUUUGGUGACAAAACGGAUGGCACUGUGAUAGACUACAUCCAAUUUGCUGAGUAGAGUGUUGGAGGCUAUUUUGUAAAUGACAUCGCCAAAGUCAAGGAUCGGUAGGAUAGUCAGUUUUACGAGGGCAUGUUUGGCAGCAUGAGUGAAGGAGGCUUUGUUGUGAAAUAGGAAGCCGAUUCUAGAUCUAACUUUUGAUUGGAGAUGCUUAAUGUGAGUCUGGAAGGAGAGUUUACAGUCUAACCAGACACCUAGGUAUUUGUAGUUGUCCACAUACUCUAGGUCAGAUCCGCCGAGAGUAGUGAUUCUAGUCGGGUGGGUGGGUGCAAGCAGCGUUCGAUUGAAGAGCAUGCAUUUAGAUUUACUAGUGUUUAAGAGCAGUUGGAGGCUACAGAAGGAGUGUUGUAUGGCGUUGAAGCUCGUUUGGAGGUUUGUUAACACAGUGUCCAAUGAAGGGCCAGAUGUAUACAAAAUGGUGUCGUCCGCAUAGAGGUGGAUAGCAUCUUCAAAUUGCUCAUCGGAAUUCGGUAAGAAUGACGCUCGCCAUUGCAGCCGAGUUGCAUGUUAAGAUGAAUUACAGUAAACUAAAUGUGAUUUAUAUCAUUCUGAGAACCGUGGGUGGACACCUUAAUCACGUUACGCAACCAAUGCAUAUGGGUCUAGUAGAUUUCUUAAAUGUCCGGUAAAUUAAAAUGCUGCGGGUCAAAUGUCCGGCGCCACAUUUUCCUAACGGAAACCCUGUUACAGAUCACUCAGAUGAACUGCUCUAGAAGGUCAUUCCACAGUCAGGUCAUACGCUGGUCAUACGGUUAUAUUGGCUGCAUCUCAAAUAGCACCCUAUUCCAUAUACAGUGAGGGGAAAAAAGUAUUUGAUCCCCUGCUGAUUUUGUACAUGAUCAGUCUAUAAUUUUAAUGGUAGGUUUAUUUGAACAGUGAGAGACAGAAUAACAACAAAAAAAUCCAGAAAAACGCAUGUCAAAAAUGUUUAUAAAUUGAUUAGCAUUUUAAUGAGGGAAAUAAGUAUUUGACCCCUCUGCAAAACAUGACUUAGUACUUGGUGGCAAAACCCUUGUUGGCAAUCACAGAGGUCAGACGUUUCUUGUAGUUGGCCACCAGGUUUGCACACAUCUCAGGAGGGAUUUUGUCCCACUCCUCUUUGCAGAUCUUCUCCAAGUCAUUAAGGUUUCGAGGCUGAUGUUUGGCAACUCGAACCUUCAGCUCCCUCCACAGAUUUUCUAUGGGAUUAAGGUCUGGAAACUGGCUAGGCCACUCCAGGACCUUAAUGUGCUACUUCUUGAGCCACUCCUUUGUUGCCUUGGCCGUGUGUUUUGGGUCAUUGUCAUGCUGGAAUACCCAUCCACAACCCAUUUUCAAUGCCCUGGCUGAGGGAAGAAGGUUCUCACCCAAGAUUUGACGGUACAUGGCCCCAUCCAUCGUCCCUUUGAUGCGGUGAAGUUGUCCUGUCCCCUUAGCAGAAAAACACCCCAAAAGCAUAAUGUUUCCACCUCCAUGUUUGACGGUGGGGAUGGUGUUCUUGGGGUCAUAGGCAGCAUUCCUCCUCCUCCAAACACGGCAAGUUGAGUCGAUGCCAAAGAGCUCCAUUUUGGUCUCAUCUGACCACAACACUUUCACCCAGUUCUCCUCUGAAUCAUUCAGAUGUUCAUUGGCAAACUUCAGACGGGCCUGUAUAUGUGCUUUCUUGAGCAGGGGGACCUUGCGGGCGCUGCAGGAUUUCAGUCCUUCACGGCGUAGUGUGUUACCAAUUGUUUUAUUGGUGACUAUGGUCCCAGCUGCCUUGAGAUCAAUGACAAGAUCCUCCCGUGUAGUUCUGGGCUGAUUCCUCACCGUUCUCAUGAUCAUUGCAACUCCAUGAGGUGAGAUCUUGCAUGGAGCCCCAGGCCGAGGGAGAUUGACAGUUCUUUUGUGUUUCUUCCAUUUGCGAAUAAUCGCACCAACUGUUGUCACCUUCUCACCAAGCUGCUUGGCGAUGGUCUUGAAGCCCAUUCCAGCCUUGUGUAGGUCUACAAUCUUGUCCCUGACACCCUUGGAGAGCUCUUUGGUCUUGGCCAUGGUGGAGAGUUUGGAAUCUGAUUGAUUGAUUGCUUCUGUGGACAGGUGUCUUUUAUACAGGUAACAAGCUGAGAUUAGGAGCACUCCCUUAAGAGUGUGCUCCUAAUCUCAGCUCGUUACCUGUAUAAAAGUCACCUGGGAGCCAGAAAUCUUUCUGAUUGAGAGGGAGUCAAAUACUUAUUUCCCUCAUUAAAAUGCAAAUCAAUUGAUAACAUUUUUGACAUGCGUUUUUCUGGAUUUUGUUGUUGUUAUUCUGUCUCAAAUAAACCUAAACCUAUUCUGUUCAAAUAAACCUACCGUUAAAAUUAUAGACUGAUCAUUUCUUUGUCAGUGGGCAAACGAACAAAAUCAGCAGGGGAUCAAAUACUUUUUUUCCCUCACUGUAUAGUGCACUACUUUUGACCAGAGCCUGUCUGUUCAUACACUGGUCAAGCAAUGGCAGAAUACAGUGACGUUUAUUUUGGUUGGGCUGUCGGCUAAUCUAAGGUACCUGUAUAGGCUAUCUAUAUUGCUUGCUUAAGCUUUGAUAAACACAUGCCACACGUAUUGCUGUGUUUUUCCUAAUCAGUGUGACCCUGCCCUCCCUGCAUCGUCAUCUUACCUGUGUCUCUGUCUCCACAGCCCCAAGCGGAGCACGGAAAAGCCAAACCGGGAGCAUGAAAACAAAUACAUUGAAGAACUGGCUGAGUUGAUCUUUGCAAACAUCAACGACAUUGACAACUUCAAUGUCAAGCCUGACAAAUGUGCAAUCUUGAAAGAAACUGUGAAGCAGAUUCGUCAAAUAAAAGAGCAGGGUAAGGCUUUCUUUAUUUGACUUGAUCCUUUUAUUUUCUACUAUUGAGUGACUUGCCCUUCAUUUUAAGCACACAUAUUCCUAUAUGUCACAACAAUUACCUACGUUCUUCAAAACACCAUCCUUUACUGUGCAUUUUUUCUGUGUGCGUGUGCAUUUGUGGAUGUGUAUGUAUUUUAGUCAGCUGCGAGAUGCGUUGUGGGGUCCUGAUGACUCAGUGAGAUGUCUGUGCUUGGAAGGUGUCUGGGGGAGAGAUGUGCUGAAAGGGCAUGGUGUGUGUGCGCCUACCUACCUGUCUGUUUUUGUGCCUGUCUGCGUAGAAAUACAGACUGCUCUCUGGAAGGGCAGACUGCAGCAGAUCAGACACACACACACACACACACACAGCGGCAGUGAGUCAGUCAGAUGAGAUGCUCUUCAUGAUGAUGAUGAUGACAAAGAAGAAGCAGGCUGUUUGUGAUUCACUCACUGGAUUAUGUAAUAAUGCGCAAUGUGAUGCAAGACUCUGAAUUGGUGUGAGCGCCUGUGGCAGAGAGCGAGCGAGAGAGCUCUGACAGUACGUAGGUUGCAUCUCCAACGGAACCCUAUUUCCUUUAUAGUGCACUACUUUUGACCAAGGUCCAUAGGGCUCCGGUCAAAAGUAGUGCACUGUAUGGAAUAGGGUGCCUUUUGGGAUGCAACCCCUACUGUAUGAUGUGAAAAGCUUCCUGCAGUUCCAGCUUUUGAUAACAUGUUAGUAUGAGAGUCAGCUUACUGUAUUAUACAGUGUGUUGGUGUUGUUAUUGUCUACAGUUUGUGCAGCUGCAGUGCAUACAGCAGCGUGCAAUGCUGUGAAGACAAAACUAUCCUUAAUAUUGAUGGAUUUGUCAUUCUACAUGAUAAGAUAUUGAUUUUGAGCGUUUAAGCUAACACACAGCUUCCCACCAUUAUGUCGGUCACACAAUUGCACUAAAUUCUCUUAGCGGCAUUUUUACAGAAUAUAUUUAUUCAUGGUUGAAUGGCGGUUAUGUUUAACAGCUGUUUACUGUAAAAUGUUGGCCAAUUCAGUCUCAAACAGCAGUCAAGGCCUGCGUCCCAGAUGACUCCCUAUUUCCUAUAUAGUUAACUUAUUUUGACCAGAUCCGUAUGGGCCCUGGUCAAAAGUAGUGCACUAUGUAGGGAAUAAAGUGCUAUUUGGGACAAAUGCCGGAGGCAAGAACAAUCCUAGGUACGGUAGUUACAACCUUACAUGUGUUGUGUACCACAGAGCACUGGCUCCCAGUCCAUCUCCACUGAGUUUAGUGAUUGAAUGGAGAGUAAUGUUGAGCUCGCUCUGCCCAGGCCCACUGCAAUGGGUUCUCCCUCUCCCUCACUCACUCACCCUUUAUCACUGGAUCCAACAUGGAUCCUACUUGGUUUUGUUAAUUACAUCUACGUUGACAGCAAUGUGUUGGUGUGUAGGCCCAGUGUGAAUAGAGGGUAGCUGGUGUACAUGAUGUACAGGCCCAGUGGUAGUUGAUGUACAGGCUCAGUUUACAGGGACAUGAAUGUCAGCUAUGUACCCUAAUGAGGCAGACAGGACAGACAACAAACAGCUUGACUCUGUAGUGGCACCAACCAAUGGAGAGAGGGGGAGAGACUGUAGGGGAGGGGCCUAGUGAGGAAUUAACACCACACUCAAUGAUGCACACUGGUAUUUAAGUCAACCGUUGCAAAUAUUAUUGCCAAGUAAAUCAACAGUACUGUGGGAGACUGUUUAAUGGGAAAUUAUGUUGCUAAUGGUAAUCAGUUGGCUCUGACAAAAUAAUGUUAAUACAACAACACCUGUUGUAGUAAUUGUCAAGGACCCUCAGAGCUGGUAAAACGAUUGCAUCUGAUAAAUGAAUCAUCAACCACACAAACCACCAAUUGUAAUUGGUCUUAUCUUUUUCUAAAAUAAUAAUUUUGUCAGUUAGAAUGACAAAUUGGUUGUGUUGUCUUCUGUUCCUCCCAUCUCAGGAUUUUGUUGAGACAAUGGUAUGUUUUAGUCAGUUUUUCAACAAAACACUCCCUCUGCUGCUGCUGACGACAUGAUUACAUGUUAAGUUGUGAAACAUGUCUAACAACCUCUCUCUCUCUCUCCUCUCUCUCUCUCUCUCUCUCUCUCUCUCUCUCUCCUCUCUCUCUCUCUCUCUCUCUCUCUCUCUCUCUCUCUCUCUCUCUCUCACUCUCACUCUCACUCUGCAGAGAAAACGACUACUGCCAAUGCAGAGGAUGUACAGAAAGCAGAUGUCUCGUCAACAGGCCAAAGCGUUAUUGACAAAGAUGCUCUUGGACCAAUGAUGCUCGAGGUGGGUGGGAGCACACACUAUUGACAACACUCACUCACAAGUCACAUGAUUAGCAGGGCUUGUGAAAUCGACACUGAUUUAGAUUUUGAACACAUUUAAAAGAUAUAGGGGUAUACAGUGCAUUGGGAAAGUAUUCAGACCCCUUCACCUUUUCCACCUUUUUUUUUUUUUACGUCACAGCCUUACUCUAAAAUGGAUUAAAUUGUUUUUCCCCCUCAUCAAUCUACACACAACACCCCAUAAUGACAUGUUUUUAUAUAUAUUUUUCAAAUGUAUUACAAAUAAAACACUGAUAUAUCACAUUUACAUAAGUAUUCAGACCCUUUACUCAGUACUUUGUUGAAGCACCUUUGGCAGCGAUUACAGCCUUGAGUCUUUUUGGGUAUGACGCUCCAAGCUUGGCACACCUGUAUUUGGGGAGUUUCUCCCAUUCUUCUCUGAAGAUCCUCUCAAGCUCUGUCAGGUUGGAUGGGGAGCGUCGCUGCACAGCUAUUUUCAGGUCUCUCCAGAGAUGUUCGAUCGGGUUGAAGUCCGGGCUCUGGCUGGGCCACUCAAGGACAUUCAGAGACUUGUCCCGAAGCCACUCCUGCGUUGUCUUGGCUGUGUGCUUAGGGCUGUUGUCCUGUUGGAAGGUUAACUUUUGCCCCAGUCUGAGGUCCUGAGAGCUCUGGAGCAGGUUUUCAUCAAGGAUCUUUCUGUACGUUCAUCAAGGAUCCCAGUCUCUACCGCUGAAAAACAUCCCCACAGCAUAAUGCUGCCACCACCAUGUUUCACCAUAGGGAUUGUGCCAGGUUUCCUCCAGACAUGAUGCUUGGCAUUCUGGCCAAAGAGUUCAAUCUUGGUUUCAUCAGACCAGAGAAUCUUGUGUCAUGGUCAGAGUCCUUUAGGUGCCUUUUGGCAUACUCCAAGCGGGCUGUCAUGUGCCUUUUACUGAGGAGUGGCUUCCGUCUGGCCACUCUACCAUAAAGGCCUGUUUUGGUGGUGUGCUGCAGAGAUGAUUGUCCUUCUGGAAGAUUCUCCCAUCUCCACAGAGGAACUCUGGAGCACUGUCAGAGUGACCAUCUGGUUCUUGGUCACCUCCCUGACCAAGGCCCUUCUCCCCCGAUUGCUCAGUUUGGCCGGGCGGCCAGCUCUAGGAAGAUUCUUGGUGGUUCAAAGCUUCUUCCAUUUAAGAAUGAUGGAGGCCUCUGUGUUCUUGGGGACCUUCAAUGCUGCAGAAAUGUUUUGGUACCCUUCCCCAGAUCUGUGCCUCGACACAAUCCUGUCUCAGAGCUCUACAGACAAUUCCUUCGACCUCAUGGCUUGGUUUUUGCACUGACAUGUGCUGUCAACUAUGGGACCUUAUAUAGACAGGUGUGCCUUUCCAAAUCAUGUCCAAUCAAUUGAAUUUACCACAGGUGGACUCCAAUCAAGUUGUAGAGACAUGUCAAGGAUGAUCAAUGGAAACAGGAUGCACCUGAACUCAAUUUUGAGUCUCAUAGCAAAGGGUCUAAAUACUUAUGUAAAUAAGGUAUUUUAUAUAUAUAUGUAUUUUAUAUAUAUAUAUAUAUAUAUAUAUAUAUAUAUAUAUAUAUAUAUAUAUAUAUAUAUAUAUAUAUAUAGUGGGGAAAAAAAGUAUUUAGUCAGCCACCAAUUGUGCAAGUUCUCCCACUUAAAAAGAUGAGAGAGGCCUGUAAUUUUCAUCAUACGUACACGUCAACUAUGACAGACAAAUUGAGAAGAAAAAAAAUCCAGAAAAUCACAUUGUAGGAUUUUUAAUGAAUUUAUUUGCAAAUUAUGGUGGAAAAUAAGUAUUUGGUCACCUACAAACAAGCAAGAUUUCUGGCUCUCACAGACCUGUAACUUCUUCUUUAAGAGGCUCCUCUGUCCUCCACUCGUUACCUGUAUUAAUGGCACCGGUUUGAACUUGUUAUCAGUAUAAAAGACACCUGUCCACAACCUCAAACAGUCACACUCCAAACUCCACUAUGGCCAAGACCAAAGAGCUGUCAAAGGACACCAGAAACAAAAUUGUAGACCUGCACCAGGCUGGGAAGACUGAAUCUGCAAUAGGUAAGCAGCUUGGUUUGAAGAAAUCAACUGUGGGAGCAAUUAUUAGGAAAUGGAAGACAUACAAGACCACUGAUAAUCUCCCUCGAUCUGGGGCUCCACGCAAGAUCUCACCCCGUGGGGUCAAAAUGAUCACAAGAACGGUGAGCAAAAAUCCCAGAACCACACGGGGGGACCUAGUGAAUGACCUGCAGAGAGCUGGGACCAAAGUAACAAAGCCUACCAUCAGUAACACACUACGCCGCCAGGGACUCAAAUCCUGCAGUGCCAGACGUGUCCCCCUGCUUAAGCCAGUACAUGUCCAGGCCCAUCUGAAGUUUGCUAGAGUGCAUUUGGAUGAUCCAGAAGAGGAUUGGGAGAAUGUCAUAUGGUCAGAUGAAACCAAAAUAGAACUUUUUGGUAAAAACUCAACUCGUCGUGUUUGGAGGACAAAGAAUGCUGAGUUGCAUCCAAAGAACACCAUAACUACUGUGAAGCAUGGGGGUGGAAACAUCAUGCUUUGGGGCUGUUUUUCUGCAAAGGGACCAGGACGACUGAUCGGUGUAAAGGAAAGAAUGAAUGGGGCCAUGUAUAGUGAGAUUUUUAGUGAAAACCUCCUUCCACAUGCAAGGGCAUUGAAGAUGAAACGUGGCUGGGUCUUUCAGCAUGACAAUGCUCCCAAACACACCGCCCGGGCAACGAAGGAGUGGCUUCGUAAGAAGCAUUUCAAGGUCCUGGAGUGGCCUAGCCCGUCUCCAGAUCUCAACCCCAUAGAAAAUCUUUGGAGGGAGUUGAAAGUCCGUGUUGUCCAGCGACAGCCCCAAAACAUCACUGCUCUAGAGGAGAUCUGCAUGGAGGAAUGGGCCAAAAUACCAGCAACAGUGUGUGAAAACCUUGUGAAGACUUACAGAAAACGUUUGACCUGUGUCAUUGCCAACAAAGGGUAUAUAACAAAGUAUUGAGAAACUUUUGUUAUUGACCAAAUACUUAUUUUCCACCAUAAUUUGCAAAUAAAUUCAUUAAAAAUCCUACAAUGUGAUUUUCUGGAUUUUCUUUUCUCAUUUUGUCUGUCAUAGUUGACGUGUACCUAUGAUGAAAAUUACAGGCCUCUCAUCUUUUUAAGUGGGAGAACUUGCACAAUUGGUGGCUGACUAAAUACUUUUUUUCCCCACUGUGUGUGUGUGUGUGUAUAUAUAUAUAUAUAUAUAUAUAUAUAUAUAUAUAUACAUACAUACAUACAUACAUACAUACAUACAUACAUACAUACAUACAUACAUACAUACAUACAUACAUACAUACAUACAUACAUACAUACAGUGGGGAGAACAAGUAUUUGAUACACUACCGAUUUUGCAGGUUUUCCUACUUACAAAGCAUGUAGAGGUCUGUAAUAUUUAUCAUAGGGUACACUUCAACUGUGAGAGACAGAAUCUAAAACAAAAAUCCAGAAAAUCACAUUGUAUGAUUUUUAAGUAAUUCAUUUGCAUUUUAUUGCAUGACAUAAGUAUUUGAUACAUCAGAAAAGCAGAACUUAAUAUUUGGUACAGAAACCUUUGUUUGCAAUUACAGAUAUCAUACGUUUCCUGUAGGUCUUGACCAGGUUUGCACACACUGCAGCAGGGAUUUUGGCCCACUCCUUCAUACAGACCUUCUCCAGAUCCUUCAGGUUUCGGGGCUGUCGCUGGGCAAUACGGACUUUCAGCUUCCUCCAAAGAUUUUCUAUUGGGUUCAGGUCUGGAGACUGGCUAGGCCACUCCAGGACCUUGAGAUGCUUCUUACGGAGGCACUCCUUAGUUGCCCUGGCUGUGUGUUUCGGGUCGUUGUCAUGCUGGAAGACCCAGUCACGACCCAUCUUCAAUGCUCUUACUGAGGGAAGGAGGUUGUUGGCCAAGAUCUCGCGAUACAUGGCCCCAUCCAUCCUACCCUUAAUACGGUGCAGUCGUCCUGUCCCCUUUGCAGAAAAGCAUCCCCAAAGAAUGAUGUUUCCACCUCCAUGCUUCACGGUUGGGAUGGUGUUCUUGGGGUUGUACUCAUCCUUCUUCUUCCUCCAAACACGGCGAGUGGAGUUUAGACCAAAAAGCUCUAUUUUUGUCUCAUCAGACCACAUGACCUUCUCCCAUUCCUCCUCUGGAUCAUCCAGAUGGUCAUUGGCAAACUUCAGACGGGCCUGGACAUGCGCUGGCUUGAUCAGGGGGACCUUGCGUGCGCUGCAGGAUUUUAAUCCAUGACAGCGUAGUGUGUUACUAAUGGUUUUCUUUGAGACUGUGGUCCCAGCUCUCUUCAGGUCUUUGACCAGGUCCUGCCGUGUAGUUCUGGGCUGAUCCCUCACCUUCCUCAUGAUCAUUGAUGCCCCACGAGGUGAGAUCUUGCAUGGAGCCCCAGACCGAGGGUGAUUGACCGUCAUCUUGAACUUCUUCCAUUUUCUAAUAAUUGCGCCAACAGUUGUUGCCUUCUCACCAAGCUGCUUGCCUAUUGUCCUGUAGCCCAUCCCAGCCUUGUGCAGGUCUACAAUUUUAUCCCUGAUGUCCUUACACAGCUCUCUGGUCUUGGCCAUUGUGGAGAGGUUGGAGUCUGUUUGAUUGAGUGUGUGGACAGGUGUCUUUUAUACAGGUAACGAGUUCAAACAGGUGCAGUUAAUACAGGUAAUGAGUGGAGAACAGAAGGGCUUCUUAAAGAAAAACUAACAGGUCUGUGAGAGCUGGAAUUCUUACUGGUUGGUAGGUGAUCAAAUACUUAUGUCAUGCAAUAAAAUUCAAAUUAAUUACUUAAAAAUCAUACAAUGUGAUUUUCUGGAUUUUUGUUUUAGAUUCUGUCUCUCACCGUUAAAGUGUACCUAUGAUAAAAAUUACAGACCUCUACAUGCUUUGUAAGUAGGAAAACCUGCAAAAUCGGAAGUGUAUCAAAUACUUGUGUGUGUGUAUAUAUAUAUAAUAUAUAUAUAUAUAUAUACACUGCUCAAAAAAAUAAAAGGAACACUUAAACAACACAAUGUAACUCCAAGUCAAUCACACUUCUGUGAAAUCAAACUGUCCACUUAGGAAGCAACACUGAUUGACAAUACAUUUCACAUGGUGUUGUGCAAAUGGAAUAGACAACAGGUGGAAAUUAUAGGCAAUUAGCAAGACACCCCCAAUAAAGGACUGGUUUUGCAGGUGGUGACCACAGACCACUUCUCAGUUCCUAUGCUUCCUGGCUGAUGUUUUGGUCACUUUUGAAUGCUGGCGGUGCUUUCACUCUAGUGGUAGCAUGAGACGGAGUCUACAACCCACACAAGUGGCUCAGGUAGUGCAGCUCAUCCAGGAUGGCACAUCAAUGCGAGCUGUGGCAAGAAGGUUUGCUGUGUCUGUCAGCGUAGUGUCCAGAGCAUGGAGGCGCUACCAGGAGACAGGCCAGUACAUCAGGAGACGUGGAGGAGGCCGUAGGAGGGCAACAACCCAGCAGCAGGACUGCUACCUCCGCCUUUGAGCAGGAGGAGCACUGCCAGAGCCCUGCAAAAUGACCUCCAGCAGGCCACAAAUGUGCAUGUGUCUGCUCAAACAGUCAGAAACAGACUCCAUGAGGGUGGUAUGAGGGCCCGACGUCCACAGGUGGGGGUUGUGCUUACAGCCCAACACCGUGCAGAACGUUUGGCAUUUGCCAGAGAACACCAAGAUUGGCAAAUUCGCCACUGGCGCCCUGUGCUCUUCACAGAUGAAAGCAGGUUCAAACUGAGCACGUGACAGAUGUGACAGAGUCUGGAGACGCCGUGGAGAACGUUCUGCUGCCUGCAACAUCCUCCAGCAUGACCGGUUUGGCGGUGGGUCAGUCAUGGUGUGGGGUGGCAUUUCUUUGGGGGGCCGCACAGCCCUCCAAGUGCUCGCCAGAGGUAGCCUGACUGCCAUUAGGUACCUAGAUGAGAUCCUCAGACCCCUUGUGAGACCAUAUGCUGGUGUGGUUGGCCCUGGGUUCCUCCUAAUGCAAGACAAUGCUAGAACUCAUGUGGCUGGAGUGUGUCAGCAGUUCCUGCAAGAGGAAGGCAUUGAUGCUAUGGACUGGCCCGCCCGUUCCCCAGACCUGAAUCCAAUUGAGCACAUCUGGGACAUCAUGUCUCGCUCCAUCCACCAACGCCACGUUGCACCACAGACUGUCCAGGAGUUGGCGGAUGCUUUAGUCCAGGUCUGGGAGGAGAUCCCUCAGGAGACCAUCCGCCACCUCAUCAGGAGCAUGCCCAGGCAUUGUAGGGAGGUCAUACAGGCACGUGGAGGCCACACACACUACUGAGCCUCAUUUUGACUUGUUUUAAGGACAUUACAUCAAAGUUGGAUCAGUCUGUAGUGUGGUUUUCCACUUUAAUUUUGAGGGUGACUCCAAAUCCAGACCUCCAUGGGUUGAUAAAUUUGAUUUCCAUUGAUAAUGUUUGUGUGAUUUUGUUGUCAGCACAUUCAACUAUGUAAAGAAAAAAGUAUUUAAUAAGAUUAUUUCAUUCAUUCAGAUCUAGGAUGUGUUAUUUUAGUGUUCCCUUUAUUUUUUUGAGCUGUGUGUGUGUGUGUGUGUGUAUAUAUAUAUAUAUAUAUAUAUAUAUAUAUAUAUAUAUAUACUACCAUAUAAACACACACACACACACACACACACACACACACACACACACACACACCACACACACACACACACACACACACACACACACACACACACACACACACACACACACACACACACACACACACACACACACACACACACACACACACACACACACACACACACACACACACACACACACACACACACACACACACACACACACACACACACACACACACACAUACAUACACAGUGAGGGAAAAAAGUAUUUGAUCCCCUGCUGAUUUUGUAUGUUUGAACACUGACAAAUACAUUAUCAGUCUAUAAUUUUAAUGGUAGGUUUAUUUGAACAGUGAGAGACAGAAUAACAACAUAAAAAUCCAGAAAAAUGCAUGUCAAAAUAUGUUAGAAAUUGAUUAGCAUUUUAAUGAGGGAAAUAAGUAUUUGACCCCUCUGCAAAACAUGACUUAGUACUUGCUGGCAAAACCCUUGUUGGCAAUCACAGAGGUCAGACGUUUCUUGUAGUUGGCCACCAGGAGGGAUUUUGUCCCACUCCUCUUUGCAGAUCUUCUCCAAGUCAUUAAGGUUUCGAGGCUGACGUAUGGCAACUCGAACCUUCAGCUCCCUCCACAGAUUUUAUAUGGGAUUAAGGUCUGGAGACUGGCUAGGCCACUCCAGGACCUUAAUGUGCUUUUUCUUGAGCCACUCCUUUGUUGCCUUGGCCGUGUGUUUUGGGUCAUUGUCAUGCUGGAAUACCCAUCCACGAUCCAUUUUCAAUGCCCUGGCUGAGGGAAGGAGGUUCUCACCCAAGAUUUGACGGUACAUGGCCCCGUCCAUCGUCCCUUUGAUGCGGUGAAGUUGUCCUGUCUUCUUGGGGUCAAAAGUGAAGGGGGCUGAAUACUUUCCGAAUGCACUGUAUAACUCCCCCUGCGUAUGGUUGUAGCCAACUCACCUGCAAGUUUAUUAAUGCACAAUAGAACAAAAAGUGAAUCCGCACACUGGUAUAUUGCUCCCAAAGUGUGGAAUUGGACAAAGUUUAGACCCCAAACUGGGUGUUCAUCAGGACAAGUUGUUCACCAAUGCGCUAGCCUGGUUCUCGUGUGACUGACGUCAGACAGAGCGGUCCCUCUAUCUAUGUGGUGGGAAAGUGGUCAUCAGUGAGUGGCUGCCAGUGUUAUUCUCCAGCUCUGUUUAAUCUGUCGUGUCAGUGGGUAUUUAUACUCGCUCUGGUCCCUAUGUCACUGCAUUCAGACACAGGAGACUCUAAAUAUAACCACUGCGGCCGGUUGUCCGCGCUGUUUGAAGUGGUGCAGGCUGGGAGAAGGGACAAUUCACAGCCGGUCAGCUGGCGUGGUGGAGGAGAGUACAGUGCUGAGCCAACAGAAAGGCUACGCCUUUGUCCCAAAUGGCAUCCUAUUCCCUUUUAUAGUGCAUUACGUUUGACCAGGGGCCAUAGGGCACUGGUCAAAAGUAGUGCACUAAAUAGGGAAUAGGGUGCCAUUUAGGAGGAUGCACACUUUCACUAGCCAGGGGUGGGUUACUCAUCAGUCCUGACGGUAACCAACCACGGGCCAUAAAGCAAACUCAGAGAAGCCUCUCUGGAGCUGCCAAGAGAACAGGCGAUUUACCCGAAAUCGUAGCUUUUAACAGAGUUUCUCUGUCUAUUUAUGACACACAGAAUAUCUGCAGUAGCACCAUGGCUGAAGCAAGUUGAUAGAGGAAGAGUGGAAGAGUAGUCCUCUUUUAAUCGUGCUGGUGUUCAGUUUCAUGCCUAGUUUGUUACCCUAGUUUUCAUUGUACUUUAGUUGCAUAGUACAGUACACCCAACCACACUAAUAUGACAGUGAAUUGUUGCCAGGCCAGAAUGAGGUAUUACAGCCUUGUGCGUACAGUUUUGGGCUCAGGGGAUGAGGUUAAUGGCCUGGCUGUCUUGUGUGUUACACACACACACUCUGGCUGGGGCUCUUAACAUGUCGUGAUGAGACUUCCUUUUCUCCAAGCUAUUUAGCUCACUGAGGAUGAUGAGGAGGGAAUCUGGGGUAUCUAGACGAAGAAGUGCGAAAGUUAAUUUCAUGUUGCUGUGCAAUGCUCUCGGUUGAGUCGGUUCGCUGUGCAGUAAUGCAUGGUUAUAUUCCAACCGUCUCUUAUUGCUACAGAGCACCGUCAUGUUUUAACGAUAAGACCCAGGCUGCAUCCCAAAUGGUACCCUAUUCCCUAUAUCGUGCACUACUUUUGAGCAGAGUCCCUAUGGGCACUGGUCAAAAGUAGUGCACUGAAAAGGGAAUAGGGUACCAUUUGGAACAAAACCCUCUUGUCACAUGUUGUUAGCGAGCCCAAUGUUUUCCCUCAUUUUACGUACAACUAUUUUCUACUUAAGUUUUGAUCUCGGAGCUCUGAAUCUGACUUGGUGUGUUAGCGUUGUGCUGCCAUAAUUGACUCUUUGUGUGGCACUUAACGUCUUAUGCCCUUUUCUUUGUAAUGGCUGUAUAGUAGAAAUAAGUGGUUUGUCAUAGUUGUAAAUGGUUUAUUUGCUUCCAUAGAUGGACCAUGAUGGCUCACCAUUUUGUCAUUUUCUAUCCUCACUGUAAUGACUCUGUAAGAUAACUUUUUGGUUAAUGACUCAGUAAUAAUGCUUGACUCUCCUCUUGGCCAAUUGGAACCCACGUCCUGGAUCAAGACCAUGGUUGCAUCCAAAGUGGCACCCUAUUCCCUAUUUAGUGCACUACUGUCCAGGGCCCAUAAGGCUCCCAUAGGUCUCAUAGGGCUCAAUAGCAGUGCACUAUAUAGGGAAUAGAGUACAAUUUGUGACGCAAUAGAUAACGACCCGUUUUGUAUACUGUCUGACGUUUUUGUCAAUAACUCACUAAUAACCCUCUUCCUUUACUCCCUCUCCAACCUAAUGUUGUUUGUGUGUAGGUGUGUGUAUAUCGGAGGGGUUGGGUAAAAGCAAAAGACACAUUUCCGUCAAUAAAGUAUUUAUUUUUCUUCUAAUAACAGUCUUCCUGUACUCCUGUUGUGUUCCUCCCCAGGCCCUAGACGGGUUCUUCUUUGUGGUGAACAUGGAGGGGAACAUUGUGUUUGUGUCAGAGAACGUGACCCAGUACCUGCUGUAUAACCAGGAGGAGCUGAUGAACACCAGCGUCUACAGCAUCCUGCACGUAGGAGACCACGCUGAGUUCAUCAAGAACCUGCUGCCCAAGAGCCUGGGUGAGUUACACUACACCUCCCCUUCUCUCACUCCUCUAUCACUCCAUCACUGUUUAAUGUGAUUUCACAACCAUCCACAUAGAGAGAAAGGUUGUCAGUGGAAGGGAACAUUGGUAGCAAAGUGUUAAAGGGAUAGUUCUACCUGGCCACUGUUUCAAAUGCUCCCGUUUUAGGGCCUGUAUUAGCAUUUUCCAAAGCAUGGAUUGCGGUCAUAUCUUGUCCAUAGACUGCUUACAGGGUAAGGAACCCAAUAUGUCAUUUGGGUGAACUAUCCCUUUUAAGGAGAUUUUCAAUCAGCAGUGAAUUAGUCAAUCUGAACUGGCGGGGACUCAACAAGGACUGGAUAGAAAAGUGCUUUGUAAUGGUGAUUUGAGUGCCAAUGGGGACAGUAAGUUGAUCGUUUUGACCUUUGACCGCCUGUGUGUGCCCCCCAGUGAACAGCAGGGCACCGCGGUCCAGUGAGAACCCCAACAGGAAUAGCCACACGUUUAACUGCCGCAUGUUGGUCAACCCCCACGGGCCCGAGGAGAGGGGUGAGCAGGAGCCCAAGGACCAGGAGGUGCAGCAGAAAUACGAGACCAUGCAGUGUUUCGCCGUGUCCGAGCCAAAGUCCAUCAAAGAGGAGGGAGAAGGUACAUGAAUGUUUGUUUACCAUCAAAUCAAACUUUAUUUGAAAACUCACUUUACAGUAAAACAAUGAAAUGAAGGAGAUGCAAAACAAACAGAAGGCAAUAAAAGAGGUGAAUAAAAUAACAUAUAAAAGGUUGUUUCCCAUCAUCAUAAAGUACCAUGAUGAUCGGUUAUUGUCUCUUCUGUCUUCCAAUAAGGGGUUAAUGUUGAACUCUUGGAAUGAGGUCCUCUCUCUUAGUUAAUUUCACAAAAUCUUCCAACAUGGAACAUUAAUGUUUCUGUCACAGAUGUUACAUGUGCACUUCAAUAGAAUUUCACUUUUAAACUCAUUCUUUUAGGAAUGUAAGGUUUACCAAUAUUGGAGGUAUUUCCAAAGCGCAUCUGGGCUUAGGCUUGGACAGAAAUCACAGACCUGGGUCGCAUUCAUUAGUGCAAAACGUUUUUUAACGAAAAACAAAAACAAGCGUUCCUUAUUGGCUAUUCAUGUAGUCCCUUCCCUAUUCGUCCUGUUUGUUUCCAUUCGUUCCUAGUAAAUAUGACCUUGUAGUUCUGUGUGGUCAGAUGUCUUCUCUCCUCGGUUCAUCUCCAUCUCUCCAGUGUCCUGUCCUCAUUUUAAGAUUCCUGUCAUCCGUCAGACACAUCCUCAGAGAGGACCCUGGGACGUCUAAUUAGUAGCUGCCACUUCCUCCUUUCCCCCAGAGCUCCCAGGGAAAUAUGUUUCUAAUGUCUAAUUUUAGUACCGCCAUCCAUACGCCGCCACUUCCCAGUUAUUCAGCCACAAUUUUCUCUUGACAUUGAAACCACACCAGAGCUGCAAAUUCAAUGGAGACGCGUCACUAAUGAAAACCUGUUGAUGGGGAGAGUGAGGGACGGUAGCUAGGAAAGUUGAGGCAGGGUGUGAACUGAACAUCGACACGUUGUUUCACCCACCACCUCCAGCCAAGACGAGGUCAUGUCGAUGAACUUGAGCUCCUUCUAUGUAAAGCUUUGAAUAUUUAUUUGUGUUUUUUCUCCUCCUCGUCUAGAUUUCCAGUCUUGUCUGAUCUGUGUGGCACGAAGGGUUCCAAUCAAAGAGAGGCCCAUGCUCCCGACAUAUGAGAGCUUUACCACCAGGCAGGAUCUCCAAGGUAUGGUACAGUUCUAGGACUACAGUAUUCAUAUUUAUUACUCUCAUCACCCCUGAUGUGGGUUGGUUCAUCAUUCACAUUCAAUGUUGAAUGUUUGAAAUGUACAUUGCUUGCUGUUUGGCGUUUAGGCCGGGUAACUGCAAAGCACUUUGUGACAACUGCUGAUGUAAAAAGAGUUUUAUAAAAUAAAGUUGUUUGAUUGACUGAAGCUAGGGAAACUAACUGUUAGCAUUAUAAUCGUAGGUAAGAUCACAUCACUGGACACCAGUCUGUUGAGAGCCUCCAUGAAGCCAGGCUGGGAGGACCUGGUUAGGAGGUGCAUCCAGAGGUUCCACCUGCAGAACGACGGGGAGAUGUCCUUUGCAAAAAAGCAUCAGCAAGAAGGUACAAUGCAUAGAAAUCAUAUAAUAUUAUUGUAUAUUCUAUGUUCUAUAAAUUAUAUUCUGUGUUGUAAUGUUUCACUGGAUCUGCAGGCCUUUGUUGGCGAUGGAGUCCUCCAAAAUUGAAAGCAUGUGUCAGUAAAUCUGUCUCUUUCAUAUCUCGUAUUCUUUCUCUCUCCAGUCCUGAGACAGGGCCAUGCAUUCAGCCCUCUGUAUCGCUUCUCCCUGUCUGACGGUACCAUUGUGUCGGCCCAGACCAAGAGCAAGCUAGUGCGCUCCCCUGCCACCAAUGAACCACAGCUCUACAUGUCCCUCCACAUCCUCCAGAGGUACAUCCCCCUGACCCCCUCCUCUCUCUAGUUCAACCCCCAAUCAGAGCCACUGUUUGGACCGCAGCAGUCGUAGACAUGGAUCCUGGCCUGUUCUACUGAUUCUAAUUCUAUAGGUGCAGCCACACCACGGAGGCUCAGUUCAUCCCUUACCAUAGGUAAUAUGAUAUGCCCCAAAUGGCUCCCUAUUCCCUGUAUAGGGGCUACUUUUGGCGAGAGCCCUAUGGAAUGCACUACAAAGUAGUGCACGUUAAAGGGAAUAGGGUGCCAUUUCGGAGGCUACCCCAGUGUUUCACCCGUUUAACUGGUGUCCCCGGGGCAGAGCUCGACAAGAAAAGGAAACAAUGACAGGACUGUUGUUGAGAAUGAGUGGAUCAACUGCAAACUUUGCUUUUUCUUGGUGAAUUCUCUAACUCAUAAUGUAGCUUCAGUGCCGUGCACAAUGACGCCUUUGUGUUUCGAACUGUGCCUGGAGCUGCUAAAGCUUGUUCGGUGUGUGCCGCAUUAGAACUGUCGUGUGGAGACCCGACUGGUGUUUGAGUUUGCUCUGUUGAGUACACAGACCGUGUCUCAUAGGACUGAACUUUAGUCAUCGCCAACAUGAUCUUUUAUCAUCAGUAGCCAUCAUAGAAGAAGUACUGUCUGAAUGGAAAAAGUUGACUACGAUUGUCAUUCCAUUGCUGAAUGCCAUUUUUUAUGCUACUCUAGUUCAGCCGGAAUGACGUAAAGCAGCUUCCUUUAGUACGGUUUGCGUCCCAAAUGUCACCCUAUUCCCUUUAUAGUGCACUACUUUUGACCAUGGCUCUGGUCAAAAGUAGUGCACUAUAAAGGGAAUACGGUGCCAUUUGAGACAGCCUAUAUUUUUGUUACGCCCUAAAGCUGUGUGUCUGUGUGUGGCCCUCUUCCAGGGAGCAGACAAUCUGUGGGAUGAACCCGGACAUGUCUGGCCAGGGACAAGGACAAGGACAGGGGAUGGGGAAGCAGCCAAUGAACACCAUGUCCUCGCUGCCCCCUCCCAGUGUGGUUGGGCUGUCCCCUGGGCUAGGGGUCCAGGGCCAGGACACAAUGGUCAGCAGCAAUACCAACAUGGCCGCCCUGCAGGGUGGACGUUACGGAUGCCAUGGGACUAUGAACCGCACCCCCACUCCUCAGGGUUGCAGCAACUAUGCACUCAAGAUGGGGAUGAACAGCCCGUCGCAGGGCAGCCCCAGUGUGACCUCUCAGGGGGGUCAGGGUGGCGGUGGUACCAUGCUGUCUCCACGCCACCGCCAGAGCCCCAGUGUGGCGGGUAGCCCCCGGGUUCCUCCCCCAGGACCCUUCUCCCCGACGGGCAGCCUUCACUCUCCGCCAGGGGUAGGGAACAGUCACGGUGGCUACACUGGUAACAGCUCCCUCAACGCACUUCAGGCCCUCAGCGAAUGCCACAGGGUCUCCCAGGGGCAGUCCUCAGGGUCACCUGACAGGAAGCCAAGCAAUCUGCUGCAGAUGCAGAGUCCCCCUGGUAGUGGUGGAGCCAGCAGCAGUAACAACCCCAUCUCCAGACAGCUGGCCAACCGCAGCAGCACGUCUGAGCGAGAGAUGGAGAUGUUUGGAGCGUACGGAGAGCAGUCCCAGCCAGACAGGGAGGAUGGGGAGCAGAGGGAGUCGAAAGAUGGCACCCCCGAGCCCUUCGGAGGAGGAGGGCCGGGAGGAGAGCUGAUUGAGGCCCAGAACAGGCUCCUCAACAGCAAGGGCCACACCAAGCUCCUGCAGCUGCUCACCAACAAGUCGGAGCACAUGGAGCCCUGCUCGCCCCACGGGGCCCCUGGGGGAGGGGACCCCAACUGUAAGGACCCUGGGACGGGGCCAGGUGGCCACAACAACCACUCCUCCUCGUUGAAGGAGAAACACAAGAUCCUCCACAGACUCCUCCAGAACAGCACAUCCCCGGUGGAGCUGGCCAAGCUGACGGCAGAGGCCACGGGGAAGGACCUGAGUCAGGACCAGGGAGUACCAGACAGCAUGGCCACUAGCGUGGCUGAGAUGGCCACCAAGCAGGAGCCCGUUAGCCCCAAGAAGAAGGACAAUGCGCUGCUGCGCUACCUGCUGGACAAAGACGACAACACCAUGCAGGAGAAAGGCAUCAAGAUGGAGCCAGGAACAGAGAUGAAGCUGGCCAACGUGAAGACGGAGAAGCAUGACCCGGGAUACAACAUGGCAGAUCAGGUCAGAACAGCAGCAAUGUGUAUGGUCAUGAUACACUGACUACGUCCCAAAUGACACCCUAUUCCCUCUAUGGGCCCUGGUCAAAAGCAGUGCACUAUAUAGGAAAUGGGUGCCAUUUAAGACGCAACCACUGAUUAGUCUGUGAAAUAGGCCUAGCCAUACAAUGCAGCCUCCUGGGGGUUGUCCUGGAUUCUUGUGCUUUAUUACAUAAUACCUAGUGAGAGGCUAACUAGGGAAUCUGUUGCCCUGCCAGGCAUUUAAUAUGCUGUGAGGAUUUGUUGAUUAUUGUUGAGACCUCUUAGCCAUUGCCAAAGCCAAGUUGAUCUCCUUGUGAAAUCCAAGGACAGGUCCUGAAAACUAGCUGGCUAGUGAGUGAGGCAGGCAGGCUGGCCCGGUGUCUGUCUUGAAUAGUCUCUGGCAGACAGUGGGGGCUCUGAAAUACAACAUAUUGCCAGGGGUAGUGGAGGGAGGAGAGAGUCCAGUAGUGUUUAGUGCUGGCUGGUUGGCACACGUUGGUAGCCUGCUCCUGUAGCUCCUCUGUGCUCGUCCUGGUCUAAACAGCAGCCGGAAGGCCUAGGUGACUGCAGACAGCUUAGCAGCCAGUGUUUAUACUGCCAGCUCUCUGUGCUUUCUGUAGAGUGUGUGUUUGUGUGUGAGGAGGAUGACAAGGUUGUAGUAAGUCUGUGUGUUCAGGGGGUAAGAGAUACAUGGAGAGGUAGCUAGCAGACACACUGUGGGAAGAGGAAGUAAGAACUACAACCUUUAAUUAGAUGGAAGCCGUUAGGCUACACAUCUCCCCUACAGGAACUAUAGACAUUCAGUUCAGAGGAGAAUAUUGGGCAUAAGACCAAUAUGAUUUUCUGGGGGUCAUUUUCACAAAUGCAAUCUGGGGUCCCUAUAGCCUAUAGCAGUGUUUCCCAACCCUUGUCCACCAGUACCCCCAACAGUAGACAUUUUUAUUGUAGCCCUGGACAAGCACACCUGAUUCAACUAAUCAUCAAGCCCUCAAUGAGCUGAAUGAGGUGUUUGUCAAGGGCUACAACAACAAUGUGUACUGUUGGGUGUACUGGAGGACCAGGGUUGGGAAACACUGGCCUAUAGGGAGGCAUUACUGUCUGUGUUUGCCAAUAGCCAACUCCCUAUGCAGAGUGGAGCGGAGUGGCCUUACAUCAUACAUGACCUCAUUAGUGCAGCCGGCUAUUUAUAUCCUCCCCUCUAUCCAUCGGCCUGCCUGUUUGAAAGGGCCUGCGCAGGAAAGAUUCCAUUCCCAUCUAUAGGCCUCAUUCCCUUCACUGAAAAAGCUCAUUCUCAGUGAUGCGUACAGUAAGUAGCUUAGGCUUUUUAUGCACUGGUUUUCUUGAUUAGAAAGGGAUCUGGAAAAAAUGUAAACAUAUUUUAAUGUGGAGUGUUCAGACUGUUUUCCUGUGCUAGAAAAUAUACACCAUUUAUGUUUUGUAAUAUCUAUAUAUUAUGUAUGUACAUAGUGAUCAGAGGUUUCAAAAUGCUCAUGGACACGGCCUCCCACAUACAACUAUCAUACUCAUGUCUGCUCCCGGAGGCUAUUCUAAUGUGUGUAUAUAUAACUUGUAUGUCUAUAUCUGCGUCUUUGUCUGUGUGCAUGGAUAUGCAGUCUAGUGAGCUGGAAGACAUCUUGGAUGAUCUGCAGUGUAGCCAGCAGCGGCAGCUCUUUUCAGGCCAGCACCAUCACCAGCAGCAGCAGUCCAGACCCGUGUCUCUGCCCGCCAACGUAGACAAGCAGUCCAUUAUCAACGACAUCCUGCAGAUGACCGAGAACAACAGCAGUCCCACGGGCACCAACACCCAGCAGAAGGCCUUUCCAGGCAUGGGCCCAGGACGUGAGUUAACCACACCUCUGCUCUUAUCUGUCCCAGGUUACAUCCCAAAUGGCACCUUAUUCCCUAUGGGCCCUGGUCAAGUAGUGCACUCACUGUAUAGAGAAUAGGGUGCCAUUUGGGAAGUAGCUCGAGAUAGCAGUAGCCCUUAACCAAAGAUCUGAGAUCAGCUUACCCUCCCCAAAUCUAUCAUAAAGAAUAUAUGACCCUGUGUCGGCGGUUAGUUAGGGGCAACUUCUACCUACUUUGUCCUACUUUUGAUAUGGGAAAAAUGGUUUGGUCAAGCCAGUAUAGUUUAGUGAGAUGAUUGUGUAACUUUUUCUGUCUUGUGCUCCCAGACUUCAAUGGUCCCAGGAUGGGCCAGCCAGGACGAGGGCCCCCUGUCCGCAGUAUGUCCCUGGAUCAGUCCAACAUGUCUGCCAAUGGUUCUCCCCGGCCCUUCCCUCCUCACAGGAACAGCAGCCCCUACUCUGUCAUGCAGCAGCAAGCCAUGAUGGGAAACCACGGGAUGCUGCAGAACCAGGCUAACAUGGGCAACGCAGGCGAGUCGUCUUGUUUAAAAAGUCAUUAAGCUAUGUAUUACCAGCUAAAUGUUUUGUGUGUUCUUCUAUGCCACUUCAUGUUAUUAUUGGAUAUAGGAUCAGUCCCAAAUAGCACCCUAUUCCCUCUAUAGUGCACUACUUUUGACCAGAGCCCAUAGGGUCCAGUUCCAGUGUUUAGAAGUGAUCCUUGCUCAGCUUAGUCUGUCCUCUUCUGUCUCCCUGUCCUAGGCAUGCCCCGGGCUGGCAUGCAGCAGGGUUGGGGUCCUCAGGGGCCAAUUGGCCAGGCUCUGCAGCAGAGAAUGGGGCCUGAUGGUCGCAUGGUGCCCAACGUCUCCGCUGGAGUCCCCAUGAGGCCCAGCAACCAGCAGCCUGGACCCAGACAGAUGGUCGCCAUGCAGAUGAUGGGAAACGGUGAGUGCUGCUGCUGCCGCCCAUGUUUCUCCACACACGCACACCUUGCCCCCGUUUCGCCUAACACGCAUACACACACACACACACACACACACACACACACACACACACACACACACACACACACACACACACACACCUUGCCUCUGUAUCCAUCUAGAGCCCUAUGAAGGCUAUAAUUGAACUUAUUCUGAAUCUUUUCAAAAUGUCUGUUGAACAGUGCAAUCAGAGAUGGAGAUGGCUGGUCCUCCCUACCCAGGGCAGCAGGCACCGCCCAAUCAGACUGCCCCGUGGCCUGACCGCAUGAUGUCUGUAGACCAUGGACUUUAUGGGAACCAGAACAGGUAACUAGCUACACACAGUGCAGACUAGUGUUGAAUAUAUUCCAGGUAUUUUACAAAUGUUCCAUCCCGAGAAUAAUAAAUCACUUUUCUCUCGGUAACCCACCACCAAAACCGGAAGUGUCAUUCAAAAGCAUAUAAAUAGGCCUAUGUCUGGAUUUCAUUACAGCUUUGAUCUCAAAUUCAACCUGAUGCUAUCUGAGCCUGAUGAGCCAUGCAUUAAAUAAUUUUUUUGAGCCCUACAUUAAAGACAUUUAAUGAGCCCAAGCCCAGCCGUUAUUCAAUACAUAUAUGAUAUAGGCUACUGCACAUUACACACGACAGAAAAACAUAAAAGCCCAUAGACGUAGCUAGCUAUAUGCUCUCUUGGGUAAAUCAAUUAAACUAGCUUCAGUAGGCUAAUCUUGUUGAGUGUGAACUGUAUUACUCAAAUAAAAUAAGUGUAUUUGUCACAUGCGCCGAAUACAACAGGUGUAGACCUUACAGUGAAAUGCUUACUUACAAGCCCUUAACCAACAAUAAAGUUUUAAGAAAAAUAAGUGUUAAGUAAAAAAGAGAAGUUAAAAAUAAUUAAAGAGCAGCAGUAAAAUAACAGUAGCGAGGGGGUACCGGGACCGAGUCAAUGUGGCACAUACUGUACUGUAUGUGCCACAUGACAUGCUUGAAUAAUGUAGGACUUGAAUUAGAUGCAAAAGGCUUUCACUUCUCUUCAUGAAGAUUGAAUGGUUAUGGGUCUGAAUAAAAAAACUGCUAUAACCUACCGCCAUCGCGCGUUCUUGCUUCUUUCAAACUAGUUUCAAACAGCAGUUCUAUUGGCUGCUGUAUUUAACAUUCGGCAAACAAGUGCUUGCGUCCCUCUUCGAAUAGUCAAUUGGUAUAAGAAAUGCAACAACAAAAUGUCCAGCAAGCUAUUCUAGUCUAGCUUUUCCUGAAUGGGACUCCAAGAGCUAAGGAGGGCAGGCCAGCGGCGCACAGGUGCAUGCGUAUUUGCGCAAGAGACAAAGAAGCUUAUUAUGCAUAACCCAUCAUUCAUUAGGUAAAUAUAAGGCUAGUACUGCAUUCAAUGUAUUACCUAAAAUAAAUAAGCUAGGACAUCUAUAUAUAGGCCUAUCAAUCUUGAACAGGAUGAUCUAUAGUACCAGUCAAAAUAUUUUUUAAAACAAUUUUCUACAUUGUAGAAUAAUAGUGAAGACAUCCAAACUAUGAAAUCACACAUAGAAUCAUGUAAUAACCCAUUAAUUUGUUUAGAUUCUUCAAAGUAGCCACCCUUUGCCUUGAUGACAGCUUUGCACACUUUUGGCAUUCUCUCAACCAGCUUCAUGAGGAAUGCUUUUCCAAUAGUCUUGAAGGAGUUCCCACAUAUGCUGAGCACUUGUUGGCUGCUUUUCCUUCACUCUGCGGUCCAACUCAUCCCAAACCAUCUCAAUUGGGUUGUGGUCGGGUGAUUGUGGAGGCCAGGUCAUCUGAUGCAACACUCCAUUACUUUCCUUGGUCAAAUAGCCCUUGGAGGUGUGUUUUGGGUCAUUGUCCUAUUGAAAAACAAAUGAUAGUCCCACUAAGCGCAAACCAGAUGGGAUGGCGUAUCGCUGCAGAAUGCCGUGGUAGCCAUGCUGGUUAAGUAUGCCUUGAAUUCUAAAUAAAUCACACAGUGUCACCAGCAAAGCACCCCCACACCAUCACACCACCUCCUCCAUGCUUCACGGUGUGAACCACACAUGCGGAGAUCAUCCGUUCACCUACUCAGCGUCUCACAAAGACACGGCAGUUGGAACCAAAAAUCUCAAAUCUGGACUCAUCAGACCAAAGGACAGAUUUCCACCGGUCUAAUGUCCAUUGCGCGUGUUUCUUGGUCCAAGCAAGUCUCUUCUUAUUAUUGGUGUCCUUUAGUAGGGGUUUCUUUGCAGCAAUUUGACCAUGAAGGCCUUAUUCACGCAGUCUCUUCUGAACAGUUGAUGUUGAGAUGUGUCUGUUACUUGAACUCUGAAGCAUUUAUUUGGGCUGCAAUCUGAGGUGCAGUUAACGCUAAUUAACUUAUCCUCUGCAGCAGCGGUAACUCUGGGUCUUCCUUUCCUGUGGCGGUCCUCAUGAGAGCCAGUUUCAUCAUAGCGCUUGAUGGUUUUUGCGACUGCACUUGAAGAAACUUUCAAAGUUCUUGAAAUGUUCCGUAUUGACUGACCUUCAUGUCUUAAAGUAAUGAUGGACUGUCGUAUCUCUUUGCUUAUUUGAGCUGUUCUUGCUAUAAUAUGGACUUGGUCUUUCACCAAAUAGGGCUAUCUUCUGUAUACCACCCCUACCUUGUCACAACACAACUGUUUGGCUCAAACGGAAAGAAAUUCCACAAAUCAACUUUUAACAAGGCACACCUGUUAAUUGAAAUGCAUUCCAGGUGACUACCUCAUGACGCUGGUUGAGAGAAUGCCAAGAGAGUGCAAAGCUGUUAUCAAAGCAAAGGGUGGCUACUUUGAAGUAUCUCAAAUAUAAAAUAUAUUUUGAUUUAACCAUUUUUGGUUACUACAUGAUUCCAUAUGUGUUAUUUCAUAGUUUUAGAUGUCUUCACUAUUAUUCUACAAUGUAGAAAAUGGUAAAAAAUUAAGAAAAACCCUUGAAUGAGUAGGUGUGUCCAAACUUUUGACUGGUACUGUAUUUUGGAUGCAAUUUGAAUUGCAUUGGAGAGAACGACAGAGUGCUUGCCUAUCUUUACAAUGAAAAAUGAAGGUGACCCCCCGGAAGCCAGGUGGAGAUGUGUAAAGACACGCUUUCGGUCUUUAUAUUACUGUAGCAUAGGCUAUGCUGCAGCAAAUGCAGGCCUACCUGUCACAAGGGGAAAAAAAGUUACCAUGAUGAGAUGAUAGGGCUACAUGCAUUGUGAACUGCGCUCCAUACUGAGAUGGUCUGUCUGUCCCCAUCCUGAGAGUUGAUGAUUCAUCACGCAAAGAGAAGGCCAUAGAGAAGCUAGAUUUAGACAUCACAUAUAAUUGAACAGUUACAUUCCAUUUUACGUCAUGCUGUUCAUAUAAAUAAUUUACUGGUUUCUCGCAGUUAUUAACCCGGGAAAAGGGAGUGGUUUUAGGUGGUAAAUCUCAGCAACCGGGUUCCCGCCAUUCAACCCUAGUGCAGACCUCUUCUCUGUGACAGUACAACACACCUCACACUUCUCUACUGUCUGACACACUCUUUUGAAAAUAGUGCACUAUAUAGGGAAUAAGGUGCCAUUUUGGAUGCAACGAACUGUGACAUUCUGAACCUACUCUGGUUGUUCACUCACCAGAUAAUGAGAAAACCCAGACAAGUCGGAACAGGUUACUGUAUGCUUGUGUACUGACUGCACAGUCAGUGGCUGUUGAGUGUGACAGUUGUAUGGUAUGCACAUGAUGGUGUCUGUCUGAUGAGAAGCAGAUGAUUCUCACCGUGGUGACCUCUCUGGCCACACGGCCCUCACCUGUCUAACCUCCGACCUUGUGUUGUGGCAUGUCGUGUUCUUGCACUUAACACCCACACUUCGAAAAAGGGUCUACUUGCGAUAACUGUGAUAUGUGCUUGUUUUUUCCUACAAAACUUAGUCUGGAUCAGAGCAUCUGCUGAAUGAACUAAAUGUAAUGAAAUGUUGUACUCCCCACAGACAGGCGUAUGUUAACCCCCAGGAGGAGGCGCUGUGUCCCCCAUCGCGGCCUGGGGAGGGGCCCUCGGACGGGGACGCCCUGCUUAGCCAGCUCUACUCAGUGCUGAAAGACUUUGACGGCCUGGAGGAGAUUGACCGCGCCCUGGGAAUCCCCACUCUGGUUAGUCAGGUAAUCUCUAUUAGCCGCUCUAAUCUGCCCAGGCCACAAAGAUGUACUAGAGAGCUCAUCUCCUAUCUUUUCAAUUGCCACUUCAAAAUGGGGAAAUCCCUUAUUAAUGGGGCAAUCUGCAGUUGCUAUAUACAUCUUUGGACUUAUAAAUUAAUGAUAUGUACCCAUUGAUUCGUGAAGAAAAUAUAAUUUAUAAAUGCCUAAUGAGCUUAGUUCAACUUUCAUACCUCAUCAAAACCUGAAAUAUAUAAGCUUGUUUUAAACCAAUGUUUGUAAACAAAGUUAAUGUAAACAAACACUGUAUACCCUCAAAACAUGGUUAAAACAAUGAUUUUGAUAUCAUGGAUGGUCAGUCCGUGCAUCCAUAGCUCUAUGAAUUUGAGAGUGUUUAUGUUUCUCCAGACCCAUCCCUCAGCUUUUUACCGAAACAGUGGAGGUGAGAUGCUUUGUUAUUGUUUCAAUUGUGCAUUGCCCCUUUAAUUGCACUGUCCAUGCUAAAACAGGCUUUGGCCCAAUUGUGCCCUCUAUCCAACUCUAUGGCCCUGGCCAACAAGCCUAUAGCAGGCAGGCAGCUGGGCUCAGGUACAUUUUCCCUUUAGAGGCCUUACUGUAGUUCAGUACUGUACUGUAAUUCAGUGACUUCUGUACAGUAGUUACUAAUAAUAAUAAUUUGGUGGGCGCUUAUAUUUGUCCAAUUUCACAAGUGUAUAUUAAUACGCAUGUGUGAAUUUGAAAUGUGUUUUUUGCAUAUCUCAACUCUCCCGGCGACACCCUCAGAGAGAGGGGUCACAGCCAGUGUCUGCCAUUAUCAACGGCGACUCUGGAGCAAUUAGGGUUAAGUGCCUUGCUCAAGGGCACAUCGACAAAUAGUUACUUGUUUCCCUAAGGUCUAUAGGGAAUGUGUAUGUUGCUGUGGGUUCCGUUGUCAUUUGUAAAUGGAUUGAGAUAUUAUGCAAGUUGGUGUAGAAACUACAAAAUCUAAAAUGAAUUUAGCUGGCUAGUUUUGUUAGCAAGCCAUUACUUAUUAACGGAAAAACAAACAACACUGACCUAUUGUGUCAUUUGCAAAUGACCUGCUAUGUUACUCAAUUUCUUACCCUGUUUGAUCUGUCUAUCUUUGUAGGGCCAGCCAGUGGAGCAGGAGCAGUAUCCCAGUCAGGAGUCGCCCAUGAUGAAGCCACCCAUGUACAGCCAGCACUACCCCCAGGCUGGCAGCAUGGCGCAGGGCAACUACAUGGGCCAGCAGGACCCUGGCUUCCACGGUAUGCCCGGUCUGAUGGGCCAGCGGAUGGGCUACCCCAUGCUCCGACUCCCUGCCCGACCAGGAGGCCCGGUGCCCGCCCAGCCCAACAACCUGAGGCUGCAGCUGCAGCACCGACUACAGGCACAGCUGGUAGGGCGACACACCACCCGUGGAGCCUUCACUGGAAAUUAUAUUGGCCCUGUUCUAAUUAAUGUCUUAAUCUGCAAAGAAACAUUUUAAAAGCUUGAAAUUAAAAAAAAAAUGAUGUUCUAAAUAAUAAAUACUUUGCCCAAUAUACUAACUUUUCCCUUUAAAAAUCACACACACCACCCCUAGAGCCCUCACUGUAAAUCAUAGGGCAUGUAGGAAUGUCCUGACCUGAAAAGGACAAUUGAUACGCUAAAGCUUGAAAUAGUGUUGCGUUUGGAAAAAAUACUUUGCAAUGUUGACAUCGAUAAUUGCACAACCUUGCCCCUCCCUCGUCAAAAUCAUAAAGGAACUUGACAUUUAAGAACAUUGCAAACUGAACUGGACAUCUGAAAAUAAGAGCUUAUAGUCUACUCACUGAGGGUUCUACUGCCACCUGCUGGAGAUUUGAUACGAAAAUUCAUAACAAUGACUGAAUGUUGUGCAGUAUCUUAAUAUUUUUGGACUUCACCGAGUAAUGGGCCUAAUAGAAUGUGAAGGUCUAUGUAAUUAACAUAUUUAAUUGGUAAAAAUAUUUUUAAAAGUAAUUUUCUUAUUUCCUCAGCAAAAUCGUCAGCCAAUGAUGAAUCAGAUGGGCGUGUCCAACAUGAACCUACCUCUCAGACCCAGUGUACCCAACCAGGUUAGUCAGACCCUUCAAAUACUGUAGCAGAUCUUUAUUGUAACACAACAGCUCCGUGUGUGUGUGAUUUCUAAGCUUGCAUCUCAAAUGGAAGCCUAUUCCCUAUAUAGUGCACUACUUUUGACAGAACCCUAUUCCCUAUAUCAGGGGUCGGCAACAGGCAGUUUUGGCCCUCUAGAGUUUUGGGGGGGAAAAUCUCCAGGAAUUCAGCAACAAAUUUGUUUAAUUUAGGAAAUCUGUUCCCAAGUAUUCCCAAAAAAAAAAAAAAAAGACGUGAUAGUGUCUCAAUGUAAUCAAGGUAUGAAAGGAUUGUUAUUUUCAAAUACACUCUUUUUGGGCUUAGUUGUGGUCAAUUUGCAGUUUAGAAAUGAUUUAUAAUUAUGUUCCAGCCCCCUGACCAUCCGCUCUGACAAAAAUCGGCCCUAUAUAGUCUACUUCUUUUGACCAGGGCCCAUAGUGCACUAUACAGGAAAAAGGGUGCCAUUUGGGACGCACACUAAAUGUCUAAAAUCGAAAUGUAUUUUUGUCCGUCUGUCCUUCCAGGGAACCCUUAAUGCUCAGAUGUUGGCCCAGAGACAGAGGGAGUACCUGAGUAACCACCUGCGGCAGCGCCAACAGCACGUCCACCAGAGAGCCAUGCUGAUGCGGGCCCAGGGCCUCACCAUCCCCCCCAACAUGGCUACAGCGGCUGGGGCAGUUGGGCCCUCGCAGUCCCCCGGCAUGCCCCCCAGCUCCAUGCCUGCCUCCAUGGGCACCAACCCUCGGAUCCCCCAGGCAAACCCCCAGCAGUUCCCCUACCCGGCCAGCUACGGUACUGGGCUCUCUUCCCCACCGCCCUCCACCAGCCCCUUCUCCCCGCUGUCCCCUGGUCUCCCGGGGGCUCAGCAGCUCCUCUCCCCUCUCCACUCCUCCCCGAUCCCGCAUGGCUCCUCCCAGAUGAGUCUGGCUAACCAGCAAGGGAUGAUGGGAAACGUAGGCGGACAGUUUGGAGCCGCAGUGAGUCCACAAAUGCAGCAGCACAGUGCCUUCCAGUUUCCCAGCUCAGGUAUACUCUAAUACUGCCCGGUCACCUCGCUGUGUGUGCUUCUGUCUCAGACACCAUGGAACAGUGUGCUACUGGCUUCCUAUCACAGCUUAGGUUGAAUUUCAACUGAUAAUCAUUAUUUGGUGGCCGCAUGACUGUGUGGUGGUGUUUGUUUCUCAUACGUUCUCCAUUUUGUCGCGGUUUAGCUGAACAUCUGCUAAUGAAAUAGUAUGCCUCAUGUCAUCUCCAAAUUCUAUCAACCUGAAGAAAUCAGAGGACUCACAAUCCAUAGUAUUAACUAAUCAUUCCCUUGUCAUGCUAGUCAAAACAAUCCAUUACAUACAAUGCAAGGAUAAGAAUUACUAAUAGCAUUAUCACGUUUUAGAUUGCUUUGUGUUGGUGGUGUUCACAUAGGCAAAUGGUUGUGGCUGACCUGUAGAAUUUUGACCUAGUUUCACCCCCCUCUUACCCAUUCAUGUGACUAUUCAUUUUCUGCUUGUGUAACUUUUUUAACCCAACUGCAUGUAUUUUACUUUACUUUGGCUCUUCCUGUAUUUCUGUUGCUUCCUACAUGAACAUACCUGCAGCAGUCAACUACAACGCAUAGCUUAUCUUUAGCGUGGUCCCAGGUAUGUUUGUGCUCUCUUACCAGCUUAAUUGCUGUCAUUGUCAAGUCAAACAUGGCAUGACAAUGAGUGACAAAGACUUGGAAUGAUGGCACAAACGGACUGGCACUCAAGCUAUCUUUUCUUGACAAUGAAAUGAAUGUGUUUGGGUGUCGACAUUCUGCUGUACUCUCCACCCCUCAGUAUUGAUAACAUAUGUCUCCUUGUUGGUCCUGUCAGGUAUGAACCAACAGCAGCAGGACGCAGGCUUCAUAGGAGCCACCACCCCCCAGAGCCCUGUCAUGUCCCCUCGCAUGAGCCAUACCCAGAGCCCCAUGAUGCAGCAGCAGACCCAGGCCAACUCCUCCUACCAGCCCUCCUCUGAGAUGAACGGCUGGCCUCAGGGCAACAUGCCAGGAAACAGGUGAGACUGACUAGCAGCUCUAGAUUUCUGAUAACUGAUUAGGUUGCAAAAUUCCGGUAACUUCAGAAAGGGUUUCCAGAAAUUCUGGUUGGAGGAUUUCCUGAAUCAGGGAAUAUGCAGGAAAUCUGUCAUUCACCAUCCAGGAUUUCUGGAAAACCUGGAAAUUAUGCAAACCUACUACUAACCUAUGCAUUUAGCAUCUAUUUAGUUGUCAUGGUUAUUAUGAUCAAUGAUCAUAUACUUAUGUUUUGACUUUGCAUUAAUCUAUACAGUCUGUAGGAUGGAUCCAGUAUGCUCUCGUUAUACAAAUUCUUUCAUCAACCUGUGGAAAAAUCAGUGACUGAAUAUGUACUUAUUUUGUUUCCAUGUUUCAGUAUGUUCACGCAACAGUCUCAGCAGUACGUGCCCCAACAGCCUAACAGUGGAAUGUACAACGACGGCAACGCCAACCCGAACAUGAGCGGUGUCCCCAUGGCCUCAAACGCCAACGGAAGCAUGAGCAACAUGAACCAAAUGUCAGCAGGCCAGAUGACCAUGACCUCUGUGCCUACAGAAAGCCUGUCCUCCAUGGGCCCUGAGCAGGUGAGGGGAGGGAAAGGGUGUGUGUGUGUAGGGCUGUCUGAGUGUGUCCAGUGCCACUUCCACCUACCCCUGUGUGUACUAUAGUUUCUCUUUAUAUGUGAAUUGAUUGCCCCCCCCCCCCCCCAUCUAUCCUCAGAGUUCGUACUGCUUGGUGACCUAAACUGGGAUAUGCUUAACACCCCGGCCAUCCUACAAUCCAAACUAGAUGCCCUCAAUCUCACACAAAUUAUCAAGGAACCUACCAUGUACAACCCUAAAUCCGUAAACAUGGGCACCCUUAUAGAUAUCAUCCUGACUAAUUUACCCUCUAAAUACACCUCCGCUGUCUUCAACCAGGAUCUCAGCGAUCACUGCCUUAUUGCCUGCGUCCGUAACGGGUCCGCGGUCAAACGACCACCCCUCAUCACUGUCAAACGCUCCCUAAAACACUUUAGCGAGCAGUCCUUCCUAAUUGACCUUGCCCAGGUAUCCUGGAUGGAUAUGAAUCUCAUUCCGUCAGUAGAGGAUUCCUGGUUGUUCUUUAAAAGUGCUUUCCUCUCAAUCUUAAAUAAGCAUGCCCCAUUCAAAAAAUUCAGAACUAAGAACAGAUAUAGCCCCUGGUUCUCCUCAGACUUGACUGCCCUUGACCAGCACAAAAACAUCCUGUGGCGUACUGCAUUAGCAUCGAAUAGCCCCCGCGAUAUGCAACUUUUCAGGGAAGUUAGGACCCAAUAUACACAAGCAGUUAGGAAAGCAAAGGCUAGCUUUUUCAAACAGAAAUUUGCAUCCUGUAGCACUAACUCCAAAAAGUUUUGGGACACUGUAAAGUCCAUGGAGCACCUCCUCCCAGCUGCCCACUGCACUGAGACUAGGAAACACUAUCACCACCGAUAAAUCUACAAUAAUCGAGAAUUUCAACAAACAUUUUGCUACGGCUGGCCUUGCUUUCCACCUGGCUACCACUACUCCGGUCACCAGCUCUGCACCCUCUGCUGCAACUUACCCAUGCCCCCCCCCCCCCCCCCCCCCCCCCCCCCGCUUCUCCUUCACACAAACUCAGACAGCUGAUGUUCUGAAAGAGCUGCAAAAUCUGGACCCCUACAAAUCAUCUGGGCUAGCCAAUCUGGACCCUUUCUAAAAUUAGCCGCCGAAAUUGUCGCAACCCCUAUUACUAGCCUGUUCAACCUCUCUUUCAUAACGUCUGAUUUCCCCAGAUUGGAAAGCUGCAAAGGGGGUGACACUCUAGAUCCAAACUGUUACAGACCUAUAUCCAUCCUGCCCUGCCUUUCGAACGUUUUUGAAAGCCAAGUUAACAAACCGACCAUUUCGAAUCACACCGUACCUUCUCCGCUAUGCAAUCCGGUUUCCGAGCUGGUCAUGGGUGCACCUCAGCCACGCUCAAGGUCCUAAACGAUAUUAUAACCGCGAUCGAUAAUAGACAGUACUGUGCAGCCGUCUUCAUCGACCUGGCCAAGGCUUUCGACUCUGUCAACCACCACAUUCUUAUUGGCAGACUAAAUAGCCUUGGUUUCUCAAAUGACUGCCUCACCUGGUUCACCAACUACUUCUCAGAUAGAGUUCAAUGUGUCAAAUCGGAGGGCCUGUUGUCUGGACCUAUGGCAGUCUCUAUGGGGGUGCCACAGGGUUCAAUUCUUUGGCUGACUCUUCUCUGUGUAUAUCAAUGAUGUCGCUCUUGCUGCUGGUGAUUCUCAGAUCCACCUCUACGCAGACGACACCAUUUUGUAUACAUCUGGCCCUUCAUUGGACACUGUGUUAACAAACCUCCAAACGAGCUUCAAUGCCAUACAACACUCCUUCCGUAGCCUCCAACUGCUCUUAAACACAAGUAAAAUUAAAUGCAUGCUCUUCAAUCGAACGCUGCUGGAGACUCUUAUCUCCCUCACUAACUUUAAGCAUCAGUUGUCAGAGCACCUUACCGAUCACUGCACCUGUACACAGCCCAUCUGAAAUUAGCCCACCCAACUACCUCAUCCCCAUAUUGUUAUUUAUUUUGCUCAUCUGCACCCCAGUAUCUCUAUUUGCACAUCAUCUCUUGCACAUCUAUCAUUCCAGUGUUAAUACUAAUUGUAAUUAUUUUGCACUAUGGCCUAUUACUUACUACAUUCGUACACACUGUAUAUAUAUAUUUUUUUGUAUUUUUCACUUUAUGUUUUGUUUUACCCCAUAUGUAACUCUGUGUUGUUUUUAUCGCACUGCUUUGCUUUAUCUUGGCCAGGUUGCAGUUGUAAAUGAGAACUUGUUCUCAACUGGCUUACCUGGUUAAAUAAAGGUGAAAUAGCUAGUACUGGUUUGCUUGCUAUGUAUAGUAGUAGGCUGCUUUCCCAAAUGGCACUAUACUGUAACACCCUUCAUUGUACACUACUUUUGACCAGAGCCUUUGACUUAGUGGCGCCGGAGGGGAUGGCUGCCGUUUUAUGGACUCUUAACCAACCAUGCUAGUUUGUGUGUUGUUUUACAUUGUUUGUAACUUAUUAUGUACAUAAUGUUGCUGCUACUGUCUCUUAUGACCGAAAAUAGCUUCUGGACAUCAGAACAGCGAUUACUCACCUUGAACUGGACGAAUAAUUUUUAUUUGAGUCGGACGAGAGGGAUUUGCUUCAGACACCCGACAGGGCCCUCAUUCCCGUCAUUCGCAGUAGAAAGAAAAUGAGAUAUUGCGGAAGGAGAUCUGGGUGCCUGGUAAGGAGCCGGCGACGAGUGGCUAAUCUGCCUUCAAUACUUUUGGCCAACUUACAAUCGUUUGAUAAUAAAGUGGACAAACUACAAGUAUGUAUAUCCUACCAACGGGACAUUAAAAACUGUAAUAUCUUAUGUUUCACCGAGUCGUGGCUGAACGAAGACAUGAAUAACAUACAGCUGGCGGGUUAUACACUGUAUCAGCAGGAUAGAACAGCAGCCUCUGGUAAGACAAGGGGUGGCGGUCUAUGUAUAUUUGUAAACAACAGCUGGUGCAUGAUAUCUAAGGAAGUCUCGAGGUUUUGCUCGCCUGAGGUAGAGUAUCUCAUGAUAAGCUGUAGACCACACUAUCUACCAAGAGAGUUUUCAUCUAUAUUCUUCGUAGCUGUCUAUAUACCACCACAAACCGAUGCGGGCACUAAGACCGCACUCAAUGAACUGUAUACGGCCACAAGCAAACAGGAAAACGCUCAUCCAGAGGCGGUGCUCCUAGUGGGACUUUAAUGCAGGAAAACUUAAAUCCGUUUUACCUCAUUUCUACCAGCAUGUUAAAUGUGCAACCAGAGGGAAAAAAACUCUAGACCACCUUUACUCCACACACAAAGCUCUCCCUCGCCCUCCAUUUGGCAAAUCUGACCAUAAUUCUAUCCUCGUGAUUCCUGCUUACAAGCAAAAACUAAAGCAGGAAGCACCAGUGACUCGGUCAAUAAAAAAGUCGUCAGAUUAAGCAGAUGCUAAGCUACAGUACUGUUUUGCUAGCACAGACUGGAAUAUGUUCCAGGAUUCUUCCGAUGGCAUUGAGGAUCAUCAGUCACUGGCUUCAUCAAUAAGUGCAUCGAUGACGUCGUCCCCACAGUGACUGUACGUACAUACCCCAACCAGAAGCCAUGGAUUACAGGCAACAUCCGCACUGAGCUAAAGGGUAGAGCUGCCGCUUUCAAGGAACGGCACUCUAACCCGGAACCUUAUAAGAAAUCCCGCUAUGCCCCCCGACGAACCAUCAAACAGGCAAAGCGUCAAUAAAGGACUAAGAUCGAAUCGUACUACACCGGCUCAGACACUCGUCGGAUGUGGCAGGGCUUGCAAACUAUUGCAGACUACAAAGAGAAGCACAGCCGUGAGCUGCCCAGUAACACGAGCCUACCAGAUGAGUUGAAUCACUUCUAUGCUCACUCAAGUAGUAAUAAUAAUAAUAAGAUAAUAAUAAUAAUAUGCCAUUUAGCAGACGCUUUUAUCCAAAGCGACUUAUAGUCAUGUGUGCAUAAAUUUUUACAUAUGGGUGGUCCCGGGGAUCGAACCCACUACCCUGACGUUACAAGCGCCAUGCUCAACCAAUUGAGCUACAGAGGACCACUGUAACAUGCAUGAGAGUAUCAGCUGUUCUGGACGACUGUGUGAUCACGCUCUCCGUAGCCGAUGUGAGUAAGACCUUUAAACAGGUCAACGUUCACAAGGGCGCAGGGCCAGACGGAUUACCAGGACGAGUACUCCGAGCAUGCGCUGACCAACUGGCAAGUGUCUUCACUGACAUUGUCAACCUCUCCCUGUCUGAGUCUGUAAUACCAACAUGUUUCAAGCAGACCACCAUAGUCCUUGUGCCCAAGAACACUAAGGUAACCUGCCUAAAUGACUACCGAUCCGUAGCACUCACGUCUGUAGCCAUGAAGUGCUUUGAAAGGCUAGUCAUGGCUCACAUCAACACCAUUAACCAAAUCCUAGACCCACUCCAAUUUGCAUACCGCCCCAACAGAUCCACAGAUGAUGCAAUCUCUAUUGCGCUCCACACUGCCCUUUCACACCUGGACAAAAGGAACACCUAUUUGAGAAUGCUAUUCAUUGACUACACCUCAGCGUUCAACACAAUAGUGCCCUCAAAGCUCAUCACUAAGCUAAGGACCCUGGGACUAAACACCUCCCUCUGCAACUGGAUCCUGGACUUCCUGACGGGCCGCCCCCAGGUGGUAAGGGUAGGUAAUAACACAUCCGCCACACUGAUCCUCAACACGGGGGCCCCUCAGGGGUGCGCGCCCAGUCCCCUCCUGUACUUCCUGUUCAUUCAUGACUGCAUGGCCAGGCACGACUCCAACACCAUCAAGUUUGCCGGUGACACAACAGUGGUAGGCCUGAUCAACGACGAGACAGCCAAUAGGGAGGAGGUCAGAGACCUGGCCGUGUGGUGCCAGGAUAACAACCUUUCCCUCAACGUGAUCAAGACAAAGGGGAUGUGGACUACAGGAAAAAGAAGAGGACUGAGCACGCCCCCAUUCUCAUCGACGGGCUGUAGUGGAGCAGGUUGAGAGCUUCAAGUUCCUUGGUGUCCACAUCACCAACAAACUAACAUGGUCCAAGUGCACCAAGACAGUUGUGAAGAGGGCAUUACAAAACUUAUUCCCCCUAAGGAGACUGAAAAGAUUUGGCAUGGGUCCUCAGAUCCUCAAAAGGUUCUACAGCUGCACCAUCGAGAGCAUCCUGACUGGAAUGGCAACUGCUCGGUCUCCGACCGCAAGGCACUUCAGAGGGUAGUGCGUACGGCCAAGUACAUCACUGGGGCCAAGCUUCCUGCUAUCCAGGACCUCUAUACCAGGAAGUGUCAGAGGAAGGCCCUAAGAAUUGUCAAAGACUCCAGUCACCCUAGUCAUAGACUGUUCUCUCUAGGUCCAAGAGGCUUCUAAACAGCUCUUUUACGCUGCUGCUACUCUGUUUAUUAUCUAUGCAUAGUCACUUUAAUAACUCUACCUACAUGUACAUAUUACCUCAAUUACCUCGACUAACCUGUACCCCCACACAUUGACUCGUUACCGGUACCCCCUGUAUAUAGCCUCGCUAUUGUUGUAGUCUCCUGAGUGGCGCAGUGGUCUAAGGCACUGCAUCGCAGUGCUAGCUGUGCCACUAGAGAUCCUGGUUCGAAUCCAGGCUCUGUCGCAGCCGGCCGUGACCGGGAGACUCAUGGGCAGCGCACAAUUGGCCUAGCGUUGUCCAGGGUAGGGGAGGGAAUGGCCGGCAGGGAUGUAGCUCAGUUGAUAGAGCAUGGUGUUUGCAACGCCAGGGUUGUGGGUUCGAUUCCCACGGGGGACCAGUAUGAAAAAAUAUAUAUAUAUGUAUUCACUAACUGUAAGUCGCUCUGGAUAAGAGCGUCUGCUAAAUGACUUAAAUGUAAAUGUUGUUUUUACUGCUGCUCUUUAAUUAUUUGUUACCAUUAUUUUGUAUUAUUUUAUAUUGUGUUUUUGUUUUGUUAGUUUUAAUUAUUUCUUAAAACUGCAUUGUUGGUUAAGGGCUUGUAAGUAAGCAUUUCACUGUAACCUGUUGUAUUCAGCGCAUGUGACAAAUAAAAUGUGAUUUGAUUUAUGGGCCCUGAUCAAAAGUAGAGCACUAUUGAGGGAAUAGGGUGCCAUUUGGUAGGCAACCUUAGUGUGGUGGUGUAGUGGAACAUUAAAUAGAAGUCUCCAUGUGUUCCAACUUCCACAGGUGAAUGAUAAUGGCUUGAGACGAGGCGAUAGCCUCAUUCUAGAACAGUUGGGAUUGACAUGUGAAGCAACUCCAUCAAGUAACGUUUCAUCUUCUGUUGUUGUCUGCCCAACUUUAGGAAUUUAAAAACGUUUACACAUCAAAACAGACAGCACCGAUUUGUCAUUGAGGGCAUACUUCCCACGUCCUUCUCAUUCCCGUGUCUCUUUAGAAUGUUAGUCUUAUUUCACUGAAUUCUGCCUAUUUUUAAAUUAUAUAACAAUGUUCUUUUUCAGAACUAUUGCUAACCCUGGUCUAUUGUGGGACAACACAGUAUAAACGGUCAACACCCAAUGAAAACACUGGCAUCCAACCAAUCAAGGAGCUCCUGCAGUUCUACCUGGGUCUUUGAUUGGACAAAGACUCACCUACUGAAGAAGAACACAACUCCCUGAACCAACCAACUGCAUUCACCUUAGUGUGACUUAGAUCCUCCCCACAUACACACACAGACACACACACACAAUCGAAACGGACAAACACACAUAUAGCUGGGACGAUAAACCAAAAUUAUUGACACCAACCAUACCGACUACUUAUCGCAGGCAUUUUGCUGAAAUCGUUCAUUACGAUAAGUAGCCUAUACUAGAGAAAUGUGAAGUUUGAAAUGAAAUACGUUUGCUAAUAUGGGUGAUUGUUAAUGGGACAAUUGAAUGCUACAACCAUCAAACUAGUAGUAGUCGUUUUUAAGGAUAAUAAAUAAACUGUGGUAAACUUAUCGUUCUAUUUAUCGUUAUCGCAUCAAAUCAGGUAAUUUGUCGCAAUAUAGAUUUUUGUCCAUAUCGUCCAGCUCUACACACACACCCUGACACACUAGCAUACACACAUAAACAAAAUGGAUACAGACAAACACAUAUACACACGCAUACAAUGGACUCAUACUCACAGAAUAUAGAAGCAAAACUGAUCCUGUCAGCAGGCAUCUGGUCAGAUGAAUGUAUUUAUUAAGGGAUAGACCCCAGACUAUGCCUCCCCUCUGAAAAUACACUCUUUACUACUCUCUCUCCAGGUCUUUUUUUAA